CACCUUCAAGAGCGACAAACGUAAACAAAGUGUGAAUGAGAAGCACGUUCAUUCAACCUUGAGGUCUUCCCUUAAUAACUUUUCUUCCCUUUAGUUUGUGGAUUUCCUUUAUUUUCUGCAUUUUUACUUUCUCAGAUUGAAAGACGGAGGUGGGAUGACUGAGAGGGAGGUAUCAGUCACAGUACUGUUCUUUGCUGGAGCACGUGAACUCGCUGGCAUAGAGCGUGCCACUCUGACCUUGACAGCAACGACAACCCCAGAGCAACUCUUGUCACAGGUUGUCCGGUCCUUUGGGGAGCUAGAGAAGAUCAGAGGGAGUGUUAUUGUAUCACUCAACCAGGAGUACUGUGCGCCCGGUCAGGACCUUGUUCUUUCAACAGGAGACGAAGUCGCAAUCAUCCCCCCGAUCAGCGGAGGCUAGAUACCUUACUAUGGAUCACAUAAAACUGACCCAGGAAGUGCUGUCUGUUGAUGAGGUAACUCGCCUUGUCACCGAUCCAGGAUGCGGGGCUGUCAGCCUUUUUGUUGGUACUACUCGAGACAACUUCCAGGGUCAAACUGUAGUGAGGUUAGAAUAUGAGGCGUAUCAAGAGAUGGCAGAAAAGGAGAUGCUGAAAUUAUGCAAAAGUGCAAGAGAAAAAUGGGCUUUACAACAUAUAGCCAUCUACCACAGACUUGGUGUUGUCCCCGUGACAGAGUCGAGUGUCAUAAUUGCCGUCAGCUCUGUACAUCGCCGUGAGUCUCUUGAGGCUGUCUCAUUCCUCAUUGAUGAGCUCAAGGCAAAUGUGCCGAUCUGGAAGAAGGAGAUCUACAACAAUGGAAGCGGUGACUGGAAGAAGAACAAGGAAUGCCAAUGGGCCAACGGCAAGGGUCCAGAGGCAGAGACAAAAGUUGACAGCGAGGAAACGUGUUCUGGCAAAAGAGCAUUAGAUGACAAUGACAACACUUGUUCACAACCUAUAAAGAAAAUCAAAACAGAACAUUUAGAUGAAACAAAGUCAUUGGAAUAUUGCAGUCAGGACAAAGACUCAAGUUGCAACACAAGCAAAGUAAAGUGUGAACCUGAUAACCAUGAAACUGAGAGGAAAAUCAAUCCAGCUUUUGUACAAAUUGUCGUCCCCAAAAAAGAACUGGAUCGAAGAAUUGCAGCCUUUCAACAGCGCAAACGACAGGAACUAGAUGUCCUAAAUGUACAAGAAUUUUGCACGUUGUCAGGAGGUGCCUCAACCAUGAGUUCUUGUGCGCGAACUUCUGCUGUUGUUCAUAGGUCAAAGGAUUCUAAUAGUCAUUUAAAGUUGACCAAAGUAGUGAAUGAAUGGGGUCCUCAGACAAGGGGCAUCGAUCCAGGCUCAAAACCCAUUGGUGUGGUGUCAGUGAAGGAGGAAGAGAAAGGAGUGAUAAGUUCACAUGGAAGCAGCACUGACAACUUGCAGGAAUCAAGCCGUAACAUCAAGCAAGAAAAUAGUUCUGAGUCGGUUCAGUGCAAAACAGAUUUUAGAGAUCAGCAAGGAGUGUUGCCAGAAGGCAUCGAGGAACGACUACACAAUGUCGAGUCACACCUCAAGAUUGUCCCGGGGGGUCCUGUGCCACAAGACAUCUAUACCCGACUCAAGGCUGUGGAGGAUCGCCUUCUCCACCUCGAGGGAAUUUCUCCAGAAUACUUUGGAGAUAAGAAAAUAAAAAUCCCCGAGAAGCAGUCAUAUAAAAAGGAAAUAAAAGCAGUUGAAGAUGAUAUUUCCCUGAGUGAGAUAGACCUGCGCAUUCACCAUCUCAAAAUGAAGUUGAAACAGCGGCAGAUCAAGCAGGUCAUUUGAAGAGGACUCGGAGGUUCUGCCGAAUUCUGUUUGAAAAGGAUAAUGCUGCUGCUGUUACUACUGUUGUUGUUGGUUUGUUGUUGGUUUGAUAUUUGUAGCAACAUGCAAAUGCUGGAUUUGGUCUUGGCAGUGCUUCACGUUGCUGUUUCAAGGUUGACAAUUUUCUCUGUAUUUUGUUUGGCAUUAUUUUUUUUUCAUUGUUGUUUUUCCUUGUUUUCUGUUACUAUAGUUUUUCAUUGUUAUUUCUUUAUCAUUGUAUUGCUUUGAAAACCAUUUUUUGUUUUCAAAAAUGGUUUACAUAUUCUCUUUACUUCUAUCAAAAAGAUAUUGUAAAAACAGAAAGAAAAAUAAUAACCAACAGAAAAUUUACAUUCAUUGUUGACAAUAAAAUACUUCGCAAUU